AUGGCCCUGCUCGGAUACUUCUUAUUCCUGUACGGCCUGAAGCAGGCACUGGGCAGCUACCCGAUCUGGUGGUCCCUGGCCGUCGGGCCCCAGUACUCAUCCCUGGGCACUCAGCCCAUCCUGUGCGCCAGCAUCCCGGGCCUGGUGCCCAAGCAGCUGCGGUUCUGCCGGAACUACGUGGAGAUCAUGCCCAGCGUGGCCGAGGGCAUCAAGAUCAGCAUCCAGGAGUGCCAGCACCAGUUCCGCGGCCGCCGCUGGAACUGCACCACCGUCAACAACAGCCUGGCCAUCUUCGGGCCCGUGCUGGACAAAGCCACCCGCGAGUCUGCCUUCGUGCACGCCAUUGCCUCUGCCGGCGUGGCCUUCGCCGUGACGCGCUCCUGCGCCGAGGGCUCCGCCGCCAUCUGCGGCUGCAGCAGCCGCCACCAGGGCUCCCCGGGUGACGGCUGGAAAUGGGGCGGCUGCAGCGAGGACAUCGAGUUCGGAGGCAUGGUGUCUCGGGAGUUCGCGGACGCACGGGAGAACCGGCCGGACGCCCGCUCAGCAAUGAACCGCCACAACAAUGAGGCCGGUCGCCAGGCCAUCGCCGGCCACAUGCACCUCAAGUGCAAGUGUCACGGGCUGUCGGGCAGCUGCGAGGUGAAGACCUGCUGGUGGUCGCAGCCCGACUUCCGCGCCAUCGGCGACUUCCUCAAGGACAAGUACGACAGCGCCUCGGAGAUGGUGGUGGAGAAGCACCGAGAGUCGCGCGGCUGGGUGGAGACCCUGCGGCCGCGCUACACCUACUUCAAGGUGCCCACGGAGCGCGACCUGGUCUACUACGAGGCCUCGCCCAACUUCUGCGAGCCCAACCCCGAGACCGGCUCGUUCGGCACCCGCGACCGCACCUGCAACGUGAGCUCGCACGGCAUCGACGGCUGCGACCUGCUGUGCUGCGGCCGUGGCCACAACGCGCGCACCGAGCGGCGCCGCGAGAAGUGCCACUGCGUCUUCCACUGGUGCUGCUACGUGAGCUGCCAGGAGUGCUCGCGCGUCUACGACGUGCACACCUGCAAGUAG